AUGCUCUCUAACCAAGGCCGCAUCGCCGGGAGGAUCAUCCAAGGAGAGUGUCAGUCGCAGAGAUGGCAAUGCUGGGUGCAAUCAGGCGGAGUCGACGGCAUGGGACCUACCGGCCUCAGCUUCGGAAACCCAUUCAGAUCUCCUUGCCUCUGCAAGAACACGACCGACCUCGAUGCGGCCUUCCCCACAACAGACACUGAGGAAGCUGAGAAUGAGAAUGUUGUCAUUGCUUCGAUCUCCAACGCCGGUGAUACCUUGAAGGUGUUGCAACGCCCGUCGGGACAUCAGGCGGGAGGUGGAGAUGCCGCGGAUGUGAUGAAGUCUCCUGGGGUAGAUCGCUCAAGGGCUAUUGGUCCUCUGACUUCAGCACUGUCCGAUCCGAGCAGUGAAUUGCUCCGUCUAUGGAAUAGUCUACGAUUCGUCCGUAUGGGGUGGCUGACAGCGCGGGAGGCAGUCACGUACAUUGACCUCUUCUUCAAAAACCUCUCUCCCCUCUCCCCUAUUCUCGACGAUCUGUAUAGCCACCAUAAGAACCACUACACUCUCCUGACACAGGAGCCUCUGCUCUGCUGCACCAUCUUGAUGAUAUCGGCCCGUUUUCACUGCCUCCAAGGCACAUCAAGCUGGUCAAGAAGCGUGGCCCUUCAUGACCGUCUGUGGGAGCACUGCCAGCACCUGGUGACUAGGAUCAUCUUUGGUCAGGAGAAGAAGUCCAAGGCCAAAACUCGCACAUUCGGAUCGAUACAAGCCCUGAUGCUCAUUACUGAAUGGGCACCUAGAGCUGUCUACUUCCCGCCCAAGUCGGACGGCUGGGACUCGGACCUGUUGUUUCAGUUCCCAGAUGAGAGGGAUCAGCCAGGUGGAAACGAAGCCGACGUCAUUCAGGAUAUACACGGAAGCUGGUUCAGGGAUGUGGUCGCCCCGGCAAAGAUGAUCGACCGCAUGUCGUGGAUGCUCCUGGGCUGUGCCGUGACCCUCGGUCACGAGAUCGGCCUGUUUGGUGCGAUGAAGUCCAAGACAACAGAUAGCAGUAUCAGCACACAGCAAGAGCAGCAGCGGCGCAUGGCGUCCGUUCGCCUGCGCAAAGUGAUCUUCAUCGCAGACGAGCAGUUUUCGAGUCGACUGGGGUCCUCGUCGCUCAUCCCUCCUAGCUUGAGCUCUUCUGCUUUCGAGCCCUUGCCCGAGGAGUCGUGCCUCGAACUGGAACAGAAGCGAAAGUUUGUGAAUGGUCAGCUCAAGCUUGCCGAGUUUGCCAGGUCCAUGUCAAAGGCCCUGUUUUCUUCCACGGCCGCUACCCGAGAGCUAAUCCAAAGUUACGAAUACGUGAAUAGCGUUCAGGACUUGCAACAACAGCUUGUGGCUUGGCGGGUAACCUAUCUGGACGAGAAAGUUCUUUCACGACAGGCAUAUGAGCUGUUAGCAAUUGAGUACUUUUACAACGUCAUGUUUCUCAACAGCCUGGGGAUGCGGGCAGUGGUUGACCGGUCUUCCUCCAGCGCCCCCAACCGAAACAGUGGGGUUUGGAUACAGAACUUCGGCACCACCGCGGACCUACAGUUCAUCAACGAGGUGAUCGAGGCAGCAUGCCAGAUCAUCCACAUUGCGGUGCGCCUUGCCGACAAUGGGACGCUGCAGUACUGCCCGACUCGUGUCACAAUACGCAUCAUUGCCGCAUCCGUCUUCCUCCUCAAAGCCCUCGGGCUUGGCGUCGAGAGGAGAAAGUUCGAAACUACGUUGAACCAGCUGCAAUAUGGAAUUGACGCUCUCCAUAGAGGUACAUGGGACGACUUGGAACUCGCGGCACGCUAUGCCACCGUGCUGGAUGGUCACGUCAAACAUUACAAAGAGAACUUUGCCACCCAGACUCUGCGGCAAGAAGCGUCCUUCGCCGAACUAGUCUCUGAUGCGAACCUCGAUGAGGGCAUGAUGAAUCCAAACGACGAGGUCAAUCUUGCUGACAUGCAAAGCUUUCGGAAUUCUCAAAACUGGUUUUCCAUACCGCUUGAUCCGUUCGGACCGGGAACAGACGAGGACGUUGGACCGGCUGGGCCUGAGGAUGGGAACUGGGGCCUGUUAUGGAAUUUCCCUUUAUUUCCAGAGUAA